AUGUGUAAACAAAGGAUUUACCGGUACAUUCAGAAGGAUUUUAUCUUGGUUGAGUUGGAUAGACAAGGAAGGGAGUUUACUCUGAUUAAAGAGUUAUUUUGUUCAUCCAUGCUUUACUAUCAUCCUACAUCCAUACACAGAGUUCAGAAUCCAAGGCUGUGGCAAAAAUUUAGUCUGGCUAGAAAGCAUAUUUCGGAGGAGUUUGGUCCAAAUAUGGUAAAUGAGCAGCAGUUAUUUCAUGGCACCAAAUGUGAGGCUAUAGAGGCCAUAUGUAGAUCUGGUCUGGACUGGAGGAUGUGUGGUGAAAAUGGAGUGGCCUUUGGACAGGGAACAUAUUUUGCUAAACAUGCACAUUACUCAGAUAGAUACUGCCAGCACUUCACCGGUCGGCUUGUUAACCCAAGUAACCCCUAUCAACCCUUGGGAUUCAGUUUCGGUGCCGCUCCUCCAGCUCACUUUAGUUAUGCAGUCGCUCCUCCUCCUUCUAUUCAAAUCGUUCCUAAGCGAGUAGGAAACAGUACAUGUUUCGUCACAGUACAAGGAACUGGAGGACAACAACAAUCCUCUUCUGGCAGCAGUGGAGCCUCACAAAACCAAAAUGCACUCAGUGGAAUAGGAAGUCAAACAGGAUUCGGCACGAUCACUUUCGGAACUCCCUUCGGAACAGACCAGCCUGCACAAACUUCCAGCGAUCCCAAAUCCUCUACAGCUCAAGACAAGCCUAAGGUGAUCUCAGAUAUCAAACAGUUACUGAGAGAGAAACACAAGUACAUGUUUGUGGCUCGUGUCUUGGUUGGACGACCGGGUCAGGGACGACCGGGAAUGAGAAAACCCCCGGAGGAUCCCGACGAUCCCAAAGGGAGGCCGUUCAAUUCCUGUGUUAAUACUCCACAUAAACCCAGUAUAUUUGUGAUCUUCGACAGUACUCAGUGUUAUCCUGAAUAUAUCAUCGAAUAUAUGCAUCUCACUUAAAAUAGGUAAUAUCCGGUUUGUGAAAAUGGAUUCAAAAACUGUUCGUUAGAAGCUGAUUGUUUUAUCAUUAUGCUUUUACGUUCAAAUUGCAAUGAAUGAAAUUACAAUGUUCUUGUUAUUUAGUUACUGAUGUUAUUUAACCAAUAAAGAAAUACUUUCUUAAACAA